AUGGCCGACAGUCACCGCGAUGAAUCACAAAGCAUUCGCCAGGAGGAAGGCAACCUUCCUCCCGGGACUUUUCUUCUGAUCAGUGAAGAUGGCCCAGAGAAUCAUCGUGGACGGCAGAUCCUUCUCAGUCCGACGCCGUCUAGCGAUCCUAAUGAGCCAUUGAACUGGAGCACAGCGCGCAAGACAUGCAACUUUACUCUCGUGUUGGCGGUGACAGCGCUGAUAUUCACUGCACUCUCGAUUCAGACCAUCUUCUGGCAGUUGAUGGUGUCUGACCUGCAAGUAACUUAUACUCAGCUCAACCGAGCCAUGUCGGUCAAUUUUGUCGGUCUCGCAAUGGGAUGUGUGCUAUUCAUUCCUCUAGCGAAGAAAUUCGGACGGAGACCUGUGUAUCUGGUUUCGACCGCGUUGAUGCUGGUGACAUCUUUCUGGACGUCACGAUUGGAGAGCCUCGCGGAGCUGUAUAUUACCAACUUGCUCCAGGGUCUCGCCGGCGCGACAAAUGAGUCGAUUGUUCAGAUCACGAUCGCCGAUCUCUUCUUCGUACAUCAUCGCGGGGGCAUGAAUGCUCUGUACAUGACUAUGGUGAUGAUUGGAAGCUUCCUGACUCCCAUGGCGGCUGGGACUCAAGCAACACAACAAGGGUGGCGGGCAUCCUAUCGCACACUGGGGAUCUGCAAUGCGAUCCUUUUCGUUCUGUUCAUUUUUCUCUACGAGGAGACCAAGUACUCCAAGGUCAUUGAGGGCGUGAGCGCUUCCGCAGAAGUUGCUGGGGAUGCUCAGCAGGUUUCCGACCUCAAGGCGGAUCGCAAGCCCGAUCUCGAAUGUCCUGCAAGUCGGGUGGAGACGAACUCGGCAGGCCCCCAUGAACUGGAUCACACCAUCCCCAUGAGGACCUGGAGACAGAGGCUCACUCUGUGGACCUACACCCCGGAGCCGAUUUGGCCGUACUUUUAUCGUCCGUUCAUCGUGCUAACCACGUUCCCUGCCGUCCUGUUCUGCGCUAUACAGUAUGCAUGCGGCGUAGUAUGGCUGACCAUCAUGUCGAGUGUGAUCUCUUUGGUGUUUCCCAUGCCUCCCUAUUUGUUUACUCCCGAGCAGAUUGGAUUCUUGGGUGUCGCCCCGUUCAUUGGCAACUUGAUUGGGUCGGUCUACGGCGGAUUCUUGGGGGAUCUUUCCAUCUUGUUCUUUGCACGGCGUAACAAGGGCUACUACGAGCCCGAGAUGCGUCUAUACAUUCUUCAUCUUCCUGCAUUGGCCUUGUGUGGGGGCCUGAUCAUGUUUGGGGCCACACUUGCCAGGGGCAUGCACUGGAUCUGGCCGAGCAUCGGCGGCGCACUAUUUGGUUUCGGGCUGGGUGGUAUUAGCGAUGCGGCUUUGACGCUGGUGAUUGACAGCUAUGUUGAGAUCACUGGCGAUGCCUUCACAGGCGUUGCGUUUCUACGCAACGCAGCCAGCAUCGGGAUUCCCUUUGCUAUCGCGCCGUGGAUGCAACGGAGCGGACUGACCAACAUGUUCAUCGCCUGCGGGUUUAUCAGUCUGGCAAUCACCAUGACCAUCAUCCCGAUGGUGGUGUACGGGAGGAAGAUUCGGGCGAAGACCGCGGGUCGGUACCGAUUGAUGGCUGCUCAACAGGGGCAAUGA